GGAUGGGUUUGGUAUGGUACCAGACUACAGUCAGUUAAGUGCUGCUAGUAUCACUAGUUCAACUGGCCUAUGGUGUAGAGGAGGAAUAGAAGCAACUGAUGCUGUCCAGUGGAUACUACCUGAUGCUACAAUCCUCUCAAGUGGAAAUACCAGCAGUAAUAUCACGAGUGUGUCAGUCUGCUUGCAGUCAGUAGGUCUGUUUGAUAUCAGUAGACACAAUCUUAAUGAUGAGGAGUCUCUAUCAUCAACUGGUGAUUCCUCUCUUCUCCUCUCUGGUGUAUAUACAUGUAUUGUUCCUUUUAAGGAUGGUCGCAUUGAGAGAUAUUAUGUUUGGAUUGUAAAAGAGAAUACACCUCCAGUUUUCAAUACCACAUUAAGCGAUUGCUCUAUCAUUGGUAUCGAUCCAUUCCAGUCUAUACUAACACUAAGUGCUGGAGGUCAAAUAAACAAUGGAGCAGUUACUAACUACACCUGCCCUGGAGUAGAAAUAGCAGAGUUCAGAGGUGUAAGUAAAACACUCUCUCCCACAAGAAUGACUCUAUUUAAAUUGUUUAAUAUUUCAAUUGUUCCUCCACUAAAUGAUACCAAUGGGUUUGUUGGAUGCUCUGCUGUUAACACUGAUGGAAAUGAUGUAUUGAGGUGUACACUCAAAAGUAUCUCUCAAUCACUGCCAGUUAUCACAAAAGCAAUGAGAUUAUCCAAUGACACAUCAUCAGCUACCAUUGAAUGGUCUCCUUCAGAAACCAGCCAGGCCUCCAACCUCUUUUAUCAAGUAUUUGCAAGAAUCUUCACAAGCGAGCCAUCAGAUAGGACCGGUCUAAUCACUGGUAGCAUUAUUGGAGACACUAGUGCUAUUGUGAGAGGUCUCACAGAAUAUGUGUCAUACCAAGUGAUUGUGGCAGCAUUUGAUCAACAGACAAUGGCCAGAAUAACUCCAUUACCUGUAGUCAGUGACACUUCAGUAAUAAAACCAGUUCAGUGUGAAACUGCUACUGGAUAUUAUUUAGACAUUGAUCUAAAGAAUACUGAUGAUGAUAUUUGUAACAAUAUCACAAAACAAAAUGAGAACUUCUUCCUUGAGGUAGUAAAGACUGUUGCUGAACUCCAACAAAGAGAAUUUAAAAAUUGCAGUGUCCUACUUGAACCAAAAAUCAUGAAGUUUACCUGUGACUUUCAGAAUAUGGAGACAAAAACUCCAAAAGGAUCAAGAAUAAAAAUAAAAUCUCUUAUAUUUUGUCAGAAAUGUCUAAGAGAAAAGAGAAGGCAAGCAAGAAUGUCUUCAAAAGCAAAAAACAAACUAAAAAUGUCAAAAAAUAAAAGUAAAACAAGAGGAAAGAUAUAUCAAUGUAGAUCAGUAUCAGUCAUUGUAAGAGGAGUGUCAUUGGUUGGUAAAGUCAAGAUUGAAAGUACCUCCUCAUAUUAUUGUAACCAAAGAGCAGCAAAUGAAUUUGGUCAAUGUGACUGCCACAGAGACUGUUUCAACUAGUCAUAAUCAUACACACACACACACACAAAGAGUUAUGAUUAUGUG